CAUCGGCAAAGCCAUUUUAUAUAUGCUGGAUUUCAAAAUUUACAAAACUUUCCCAGGAUAAAGGGCAGACAUGUCAAGCAAAUGCUUUGCUCUGAGCGAAUCCUACCCGUAAAAGGCAGGUGUACAAUAAACCCAGGCAGUGUUGGUUCGGCGCUCCAAUAAAAGCCGCCCAUACCUCGUCAGUCUGCUUGGGGGAACGAGCACACUAUCUUUCCCGGUUUCCCACUAUUUUGCUACCCAUGAAGAAUUGGACAUUGUCCCUAUUACUCCUUGCCUUGAGCAUUGCUGUUAUUGAAGCAGCAAUAAUCCCUUCUUUUCUUUCUCAGAAUGACCAGCCUGCAUACGAGUCGUCUACCGACCUGAUAACUCAUUGUGGUGACGACAGUGAUCUCUUGGAAAUCAAGGAUAUCACGUUGAACCCUGAUCCUCCAAAGGCGGGGGAAAAGUUGACGGUUGAUUUUAAGGGUUUCUUGAAAGAACAAGUGCCUGAGGGCAGCACUGUUGAAGUUACCGUCAAGUACGGUGUUGUCCAGCUGAUCAAGAAGAAGUUUGAUUUUUGCCAAGAGGCCGACAAGGUUGAUGAAGAAUGCCCUAUCGAGAAGGGCGAUCUCCAACUUACGAAGCAAGUUGAUCUGCCCAAGGAAAUCCCACCCGGACGCUACUCAGUCCGCGCAGUGAUCACGACACCCGAAGAAAAGCAAGUUACUUGCUUGGACGGCCGUAUGAGCUUCCCUCGCCACAGAUAGAUUUCCACCUUUCUUCUUCAGUUCAGAGCCGUUUGUCAGGAAUUAGAUCAUAAAGAGCACAGGCACCACUCCUCCUUUUCCUUUCUUCUUAUCCACCUUUGCUUAUCCAUGCAAUCAUCUAUAUCUUGUUC